UGUAUGUUGUAUGCAGCGGAGUUGUUCUUCUCAUGAUACUGGCUAUUGCACCAGUAGCAAUUGCAACAGCAGCAAAGUCUGCUCUGAAUUUAGAAGCUGAAGCACUGCUCAAGAGUGGCUGGUGGGGACUCAGCAGUAUUAUUGCAACAAACAUCUCUGCCCGCUGCCGUUGGUCUGGUAUCAUUUGCAACGAUGCUGGUAGUGUUACCGAAAUACUACUUCCAAACUACGGAAUUCAAGAUGAGUUGACAAAUCGUGAAUUGACAAAUUUCAGCUUCUCUUCUUUUCCGAACCUGGUUAGACUAGAUCUCAGUGGAAAUGAACUUGACGGAGUCAUCCCACAUCAAAUAGGUACACUCUCCAAACUCACCUAUCUCAAUUUGUCUUCCAACGAUCUUCUAGGUGAGCUUCCUUCUUCUAUAGUAAACCUCACGCAACUAGCACAACUCGAUGUUUCUUUGAAUUCGAUUAAAUGCUUAAUUCCUCCAGGUGUCGGAAACUUGACAAACUUGAUUACUCUAGACUUGAGCCACAAUUUGUUUUUUGGUCCAAUGCCUUCAACUCUUGGCCACUUGUCCAAAUUAGCUUCCCUCUAUCUCAGGGGCAAUGGACUUGAGGGAGACAUCCCAAAUCAAAUAGGUGCACUCUCCAGGCUUGUCUAUCUCAAUUUCGCUUCCAACUAUCUUUAUGGUGAGCUCCCAUCUUCUCUAGUAAAUCUUACGCAACUAGUACAACUCGAUGCUUCUUGGAAUUUGAUUGGCAGCUUAAAUCCUCUAGGGAUCGGAAACUUGACAAAUUUGGUUACUCUAAAUUUGAGUUACAAUUCUUUUGGAGGUCCCAUCCCUCCCACUCUUGGCCAAUUGUCUAAUCUAGAUUCCCUUGACCUCAGCAAUAACCACUUCAAUGGGACAAUUCCUUCAGCUCUUUUUAAUUUAACAAAUCUUUCUUGGUUACAUAUUCAAUGGAAUCCCAAAAUUGGAGGAUUUCUCCCAGAAGAAAUAGGAAAUUUGAAGAGAUUACUUGAAUUAGACUUGAGUUAUAGUGGAUUUUCUGGUAGUAUCCCUUCAACACUUGGUCAAUUGUCUAAUCUACGUUCCCUUGACCUCAGCAAUAACCACUUCAGCGGGACAAUUCCUUCAUCUCUUUUUAAUUUGACAAAUCUUUCCCAACUAGACAUUCACUCGAAUCCUGCAAUGGGAGGAUUUCUCUCAGAAGAAGUAGGAAAAUUGAAGAGUUUAGAUAAAUUAGACUUCAGCGGCCUUAAUCUUUCAGGUGCCCUUCCUUCAUCUCUUUGCGGCCUAACCAAGCUAGUCUCUCUUUCAGGCGCUCAGAAUCAAAUGCAUGGUUCCAUUCCCCCGGAAAUAGGAAAUUUGAAAAUUUUGAAACAUCUUCUCCUUGGGUCCAACCGGCUGACUGGUCAAAUCCCUCUGACCCUUGGCAAUCUGACUGCUCUAGUUUCUUUGGACCUCUCUUCUAACCAAAUAAGUGGUUCCAUACCUCUUCAACUUUCCAUUAUACCUUCUCUAACAUUUCUAGAUCUUUCCUCAAACCAACUUAGAGGUCCGAUUUCAUUUAUAUUAAAUUUGGACACCCGGUCUAGCUUGAAGCGUUUAUAUCUACAAAACAACUCUUUGAGUGAUAUUUUCCCAUGGAAAAUUCUAGAUCUCCCUCUGUUACAGACAGUGGACUUAAGUCGUAACCGCAUUAGCGGAAAGAUACCAACCCAAUCGGAGCCGCACGUUUCGACUUUGGAUCUUUCCCACAAUAUUCUCUCUGGCACUGUCCCCUCGUCUCUUCUGCAACUGGAGGACGUCGACCUGUCCUAUAAUGCUUUGGAAGGUGAACUUCCGUGUAAGCUUGUCAUUCAGUUUGGUUCAGAAAGAUUUGUCGGCAAUCCAGACUUGCAUUACACUUCCACUCUUUGUGGUGCAUCUCCUCCAGUUAUGAAAAAUCACAGACAUCACCCCCCAUACUACAUCAUAGGUCUUGGCGUGUCCUUGUUGGCGUUCUCAUUAAUUGGCGGAAUAGUGCUCUAUAUCUUCAGCAAAACCAAAGUCAAGAAAGUGGAAAUUGAGCUGAUGGACAAUAAACAUGGAGACAUUUUUAGAAUUUGGAACUAUGAUGGAAAUAUGGCUUAUGAAGACAUAAUUAAAGCAACCAAUGAUUUUGAUGUCAGUUAUUGCAUCGGGACAGGGGGUUAUGGCAGCGUGUACAGAGCUCAGUUGCCAAGUGGGAAAGUAGUGGCUUUGAAAAAGCUUCAUCGUUUGGAAGGCGAGAAUCCAAAUUUUGACAAGAGCUUUAGGAAUGAAGCCGACAUGCUAUCUAAAAUCAGGCACAGGAACAUUGUAAAGCUCUUCGGAUUCUGUCUGCACAAGCGAUGCAUGUUUCUGAUUUAUGAGUAUAUGGACAGAGGAAGCUUGUUUUGUAUCUUGAGAGAUGAAACUGAAGCUGUGGAGCUGGACUGGAUUAAAAGAGUGAAUUUGAUCAAAGGCAUUGCCAGUGCAUUGUCCUACUUGCAUUACGAUUGUGAUCCGCCAAUCAUUCACAGGGAUGUAUCAAGCAACAACAUUCUUUUGAAUUCACAGCUCGAAGCAACUCUUUCUGACUUUGGAACUGCAAGGAUUUUGGAACUUGAUUCAUCAAAUCAAACGGUCAUUGCAGGCACCUUUGGCUACAUGGCACCAGAGCUAGCCUAUACCAUGGUGGUCACUGAAAAGUCCGAUGUGUAUAGCUUUGGCGUUGUGGUGCUAGAAACGCUGUUUGGAGAGCAUCCACGAGAAUUCCUUUCUUGCAUAUCAUCACAACCCAAUGAACCAAUAAUGCUGAAGGAUCUUCUUGAUGCCCGUCUGCCCCCUCCGACUAACCCUUCGGUGGUUCGAAAUGUGGUUGUCGCAACAGCGUUAGCCCUGGAUUGCGUCAACGCAAACCUGAAAUGUCGACCAACAAUGCAGCAGGUGGUGAACCGAUUUGAAGUGGGCAGGCAAGAACCAACUAGGCCUUUGCAUACCAUUGCUGUGAAUCAGCUUGUUAGUCCAGUACUUUCGCUGCGUGACCAAACCUGCGCAGAUGGGACGAGUAGCUUAAGCACCAUAAAUGAAUUCCAUGUGUUGGAUAUCUCUGCGACUCUGCCAUCAUCCAAUUUUUCUAUCCAUGUUUCUUCCUAAACAACUUUGACAUCUGGUAGGAAACAGAAUACGAUCGUGCUUUGCAAAAAUGGAAACUUGGCCAAGCACUUAGAUUGCUGCUAGAUAAGGCCAUUUGGUGUGCUAAUGAAAAAAAAAGUGUACUCAUUAAUGAACAAGUAGUUUAAGCACCAUGAAUGACUUUCAUGUGGAUAUCUCUGCCAUAUCCAAUUUUUCUAUCGAUGUGUCUACCUACCUAUAAUA